UGCAAUCUGAUGCUUGGUUCAUAUUUAUUUUGAAUCGUUCCUUGAGUUCACAUGCUGCUAUUCCAUGGCUAAGCAACCCAAUAUUAAAGCACACGAUUGGAUAUAGCACAUCAGCCAUCGCCAGCACAGCGCCCAUCUUGAUCGCCACUGCGAAACCACGCAAACCUUUCCACCAAAGCAUUCAAAUUCAUUGCGAAAUCCGCCUUUUUAACGUCUGACUACAUCUUCAGACAGAAUGCCUUCGAAACCUCAGAAAAACGUGCCUCGCAAGUCGAAUACAGGAACUCCUGUUGCUUCAGAGGAUGGGGUCUCUAUUGCAGCAGUAAUUGAUCGCCUGUCUUACGCUGACGCGCCGCGCCCUUUCAAGUCUGCCUCAUUCGCAUCUCAUUUACCCUCACGCACAGCAACCUCGUCUUCUACUUCAGUCCGUAAGAAUGCCAAACAGAUCCUUGCUCUUGAGCGGGAACGUUAUCUUGGUGGAGAUGGUUUCCUUUCUGCACAACAUGUAGCAAUGAGAAAAAGAGGCGAAAAAAUCGAAUUGGGGAAGAAGAAAAAGGGAGUGGCCAAGAAGGGGAACAUACAAAAUUUGUUGAAAGGGAAAAUGAAGCGUGAUGUUGAAGAGAUGUCAGGGACGCAAGAACAAACACCAGCAGAGAGUCGGAUGACAAGUGAAGGAACGACACCCACAUUGGAAGAGGACGAGGACAUGGAUGUCAGUCAGAAAGAAAGGCCGGCUACCCAAGCCCCAAAUGAUCAUCCCGAAGAUUCCAGACCCAAGCAGGAAAUUGUGACUUACUUAACUCCAACAGCUCCACCGUCGUUGCUGCCUCCUAAAAAAUACUGCGACAUCACCGGUCUCCAUGCGUCUUAUACAGAUCCUAGAACAAAGUUACGCUACAAGGGCCUCGAUGUCUGGCAUGUUGUUCGUGGAUUGGGACCUGGAGGCGAUCAAGCUUACCUAUCACUACGCGGCGCUCAAACCUCACUUAAAUAGACCUUCACUCAGUAUUAUUUUGAUGUGCCUCUUGUUAAAUGUACAUAUU